CUGUGGCUUAAAGCCAUCACGGAGCCGCUCUGGAGGAGAUGCAUUCUUUAUUCUGAGGAGGGGAGGAGGGACAGGAGAGAGAGAGGGGGAGAGAGAGAGAGAGGUGAGCGGAGAAGGCACGUCGCACUAUCAGCUGAAUCCAUCUAAGAAAACAACUCGCAGGGAGUCCGGGUCUGAGCUGCGCCAGGCACUGAAAGGCAAGUCUGACCUCCCCACCAAAAACAGCGCACAGGACGGACGCAGCUGGCCGUCAUGGCCCGUGGCGGAUCAGGCGGCGGACAGUUCGGCGAGUGCGUCCUCACCGUUCGGCCAGAGUGUGGAAGGCGAGAGAAGUGCCCCCUGCCGCUGUCUCCGGUGCUUUUGCGCCGCUCACGGUGUUGAGUCGAAGCGGAGGGAGCUCUCCUUUUAGAAGCUGGGAAAACGCAGGAGAGAAAAAAAAAGUACCGACGGCAGUGCGGACGGACUCGCAGCCACAUCCGAGAGACACACACGGGGAGGCAGAAGGGGACAUAACCCAUGCGGGCAAAUAUGCUCCUCCGUAGAGUCGCCGGGUUCGAGCUGCUCGUAGGAACCGACUCGCACAAACGUCGCCGAACAGAGCUUUACGCACGGGUUUGCAGCAGGACCGCAUGAAGGACGGAGGCGUAAAGACGGGGGAAAAGUUGACUGCGGUUGCGGGGUUUGCGAUGGAUAAAGGCUCAGCAAAGGUCUCUGGAUCCAAAUGUCACCCCCCUUGGACUCUGCCCUGGUCUGGGACCAGCAGUGUGUGACGGACAGGCGAGCGGAGCCUGCGGUGGCACUCAAAUUGGCCCUGGCUGAGCUCUGCAUGGAGCAGCGAGAGAAGAGUCCUGCUAUGGUCUGAUGUCUCAGCAUGGAUGGAGUCAGUCGGAGGCCUGGCCACCACUAAUGAGACCAUCGCUCUUCGGCUGAGGACUAGCAUUUACAGGAUUACUCCCACAGUUUCCUGCUCUUUUCCCAGCUAACUGCAUCAUUACUUAACAAUCUUAGUUGGACUUUUUUAUAUAUUUUCAUGGGUCUGGUUUUUGGUGGAUAUAUACGUCAUUUGCCUCUCUGAUUUUCAUUUUUUUAUUCCCUCCCGCCAGUUUUUUUUUUUUUUUUUAUUGUUGGUUUGCCUUUUUUCCCCCCUGUUUGUUUUUCCACUAUGGAGUUUCUGGCUGGACCCUGGAAUAAAGAUUGGGCUUCGUUCUUGCAAUUUUGGUUGACUGUCAUCCUAAGCCUCCAAAUGCAAUUCAGCCCAGGUGCCUCUUGUCCGCAAGAGUGUCGUUGUGACAAAGGGUUUGUGUACUGCAACGAACGCAGCCUGACAUCAGUGCCUCUGGGGAUACAGGAGGGCUACAAGGUCCUCUACCUCCACAACAACCAGAUCAACAAUGCUGGUUUCCCUGUGGAACUUCACAAUCUGGUCUCCGUAGAAACUGUGUACCUGUACGGCAACCAGCUGGACGAAUUCCCUGUGAAUCUGCCCAAAAACACCAAGGUCCUGCACCUCCAGGAAAACAAUAUCCAAACAAUCUCCAAGGCAGCUCUUGCCCAAUUGACUAAACUAGAGGAGCUACACCUUGACGAUAACUCCAUCUCCACAGUAGGGGUGGAAGAAGGGGCCUUCAGGGAGGCGGUAAGCCUCAAACUCCUCUUCCUCACCAAGAACCACUUAAGCAGCGUUCCCAUUGGUCUUCCCGAAGACCUGAAGGAGCUGCGGUUAGAUGAGAACCGCAUUGCUGUCAUUGCAGAGGAGGCCUUCCAGAAUGUGACACGUCUACAGCGCCUCCUGCUGGACGGGAACCUGCUGACAGAUGAGGGCAUCGCACCAGGGACCUUCCAGGACCUGGCCACCCUCCGUGAGUUGGCUCUGGCCCGCAAUUCACUAACUUUCCCCCCUCCUCUCUUGCCCAGCCAGUCGCUGGUCAAACUUAGCCUACAGGAGAACCAGAUCGACCAGAUCCCCGUGGCGGCGUUUGCGGGUCUAAACAGGCUGGAAAGACUGGAUAUCUCCAGCAACCAGCUUCAAACUCUAACACAAGGUGUGUUUGAUGGCCUGUCCAGCCUGAGGCACCUCAUAGUGCGAAACAACCCGUGGCGCUGUGACUGCACCGUAAAAUGGGUGGUGGUGUGGCUCAAAUCGCUGCCUUCCUCUGUCAACGCCCGCGGGUUUACGUGCUCGAGUCCGGAGAAGGUGCGUGGCAUGACAAUCAGAGAGCUCACGCUGGAUAUUAUUGAGUGCCCCAUUCAACCCGACCAGCCGCCCUGGCCCACCCUCCGCUCCACACCCCCUCCCCCACCCACCACCACCCCUGUCACCACCAUGAUUUCCACCCUCAUCACUUCAUCCAUCCCUUACUACUUUGACUCCCCCUCCCCCACGCUGCCCCCCUUACUUAACAACCCUGCCGGACCCCUGCCUCCUUACGAGGACCCUCUUCAGAUCUCCUUCCACGUGGUCAACUCCACCAACAUCGACGUGAGCUGGGCUUCCUACUUUACUGUCACCGCCUACAAGGUCACUUGGGUCAAAAGGGGCCAAAGCCAAAUCAACGAAGGAAUGCAGGAGAGGACGGUGAGCGGGGACCUGCGGCGCAUCAGCCUCACCAACCUGGAUCCCCGGUCUGUGUAUCGGAUCUGCGUGCACGUCCUGGACACCCUUAAUUCCUAUAGGCCUGGGGAGGAUACUAUAUGCUCCGAGGCCAGGACCAAGCCGCCAGUGACCACCAAGCCUCCGGGCAGAGAGCAGGCUCCUCAGGACAGCAUCAGCUCCACGCUGCUAAUGGCUGGGAUCAUAGGAGGGGCUGUUCUUAUCGUCCUGGUUACGCUGCUCAGCUUGUUCUGCUGGCACAUGCACAGGAAGAACCGGUCGUCUUCGACCAAGUGGAAAUACAACCGCGGCAGGAGAAAAGACGACUACUGCGAGGCUGGAACCAAGAAGGAUAACUCCAUUCUGGAGAUGACUGAGACCAGUUUCCAGAUAGUGGCGCUGAACAAUGAGCAGCUGCUCAAGGGAGAUUUCCGCAUCCAGCCCAUCUACACUCCCAACGGGGGCAUUGGAUUUAGAGACUGUCACCUCAGUAACAACAGCAUAGCCUACUGCAAGAGCAGCAACGUGCCCAGUACAGAGUUCUGCCACACGUGAUGCUGCAGACACUCAGUACAGCAGCAUACACACACACACACACACACACACACACACACACACACACACACACACACACACACACACACA